CACCUCCACUUACAGUAUAUAUAUAAAAAGGUGCCAUCAUACAUUAUUCAAACAACUGAAAAAUCUCCUCUGAAUUUUCUAAGAAGGAAACUAAACUUAAAAGCAGAUAUGUCUGGAAUCAAAGGAAAAUGUGUUGCCCAGAAGAUCCAGUGCCAAGAUCCAUGCAACCCUUGCCAAAAUGUAGUAGUCUGCAAAGAUCCAUGCAACCCUUGCCAAAAUGUAGUAGUUUGCAAGGAUCCAUGCCAAGACACAUGUAAGCCUCACCAUCAUCACCAUCAUCACCAUGGAAAUGUCCAUGUUCCCCAACAAGAUCCAUGCAAUCCAUGCAACCCUUGUGUUGUUCCCUGUUGUCCUGAUCCUUGUGAUCCUUGCCAUGGCCAAAAACAUAUCUGCUGUGAAAAAUGAAGACGUCAUGUUUGUGUCUAUAAUCUGAUCUACCCAUUUACCUCUCUGCAAAAUUAACCACACUCCUCUCAUUGUACAAUGUUAAAUCCUGAAUCUUUUGUCUCUGGUUAAAUUACCCUGCUCAAUAAAAUCUCUGCAACUGA